AUGAGUACUUCGACUGCGACUUCCGAUGCAAAUGAGGAGAAAUUCAUCAAUUGCGUCACUUUCGGUGAUGGAGCCGUCGGAAAAACUUGUAAGAUGAUAUCUUACACUAGCAACACAUUCUCAACUAUACAAAUCCUAACAUCCCCCACCGUUUUUGAUAAUUUUAGUGCAAACAUUGUUGUGGAUGGGAACACGGUGAAUAUAGGGUUAUGGGAUACUACAAAUCAAGAGGAUUACAAUAGACUUAGACCUUUGAGUUAUCGAGGAGAAGAUGUUUUCAUUCUUGUAUUUUCUCUUAUUAUCAAGGCCAUUUAUGAAAAUAUUUCCAAGAAGUGGAUUCCUGAAUUGAGGAAUUAUGCACCUGGUGUCCCUAUUAUUAUUGUUGGGACAAAACUUGUGAAACAAUAUUUGGAACUUGUUCUUGGGUUUCAUCGUCAGCUUGGACUUCAUCAUCUUCAUCCUCUUGAUGAUGAAAUAAUUAGAACAAAUUCUAUUGAAUCAAACCCUGUGGAGCCUAUGAACAUCACAUUUAAAGAAAAAAAUAAUAAGGAUAAGGAUGUCAGAGAAUUUGUGAUGGAAGGUGUAAGGGAGGAUACUGAAAAUGAGAUUUAUAGGAUUGCUGGAGUGAUUAUCUAUGAAAAACAUGAAUGCAACAAAAGUCAAGAACCAACUGCUGAUAAAGAUUCUGAAGAAAAUUUAUUCAAAAAGGAAUCAAACUUGGAUGAUAUUCUUAAACAUGGGCAUACUUAUAUUGGAUCAAACUGUAUGAAGCUGGAGAGAUGGUCUGAAGAAUUGAACUUACUAAGAAAACUAAAAGAAACAGCCCAGAUAUGGUUUAAGCUUUGA